UAAGCGAGAGCGUGGGAGUGGGAUAAGGCGUCUCUAUUAUUAUUGUAUUCCCUUUCCCUUUGGAUUUGUCUUUGCCUGAACAGACCAGAUAGAGGGACAAACAUCCCCAAAACAGCAAAAAAACAAACAAACAAACGAAGAGAGAGAGAGAGAAGCGACAACAACAACAUUCGUUCGUGUUUGUCUUCUUCUUCUUCCAUUUUCAAUAUCUUCGAUUCUUGGUAGUUAUGGUAGGAGUACCGGAUCUGUCUCUGUUGGUUAGUUAGUUAGUUAAUAAUCUCUACGUACAUGCGUACGGUACCCUAAUAAUCAUAAUAAUAAUAAUUGGAUCCCUUGGAUUCAAUUGAUUGAUGAUCGGUGACAGCAGCGGCAUUGUGUUGUGGUGAUUUGAUUUGAUUUGGUUGGAUUGGAUUGGAUGGCAAGGAUGCGUGGAGGAGGAGAAGAAGGAGACAGAGAUCCGACGAAGCAGCAACAGCACUCUGGUUUGGUUAGAUUGGUACAACAACUUGUUACAUUGUUGCUUGUUUUUGCUGCUGGUGUCGUCAUUGGUUUAACCACAACUUCUCACAUUCACUACUUCAAUACUCACAACAAUAAUAAUAACUAUCUUCAUUUCAUUUCCCAACAACCUUCUGCUUCUUCUUCUGAUGUCUUCAAUCUCGAUACUAUCCACACCCUCCAACAACAACAACCCAACAAUAACAACAACAACUGUAACUGUAAUUGUACAAUCAUUGAACCUCCUUCUCCUCCUCCUCCUCCUCCUCCUCCACCACCACCACCACCCUCCGAAGAGGAGGAUUUGUUGGAGUCCUUUCUUCAUCCUUCCAACAUCACCCACACCUUCUCCGACCAUCAACUUUUCUGGAGGGCUUCCCUUGUUCCUAAGAAAUACCACUAUCCCUAUGCUCGUGUACCUAAACUCGCUUUCAUGUACCUCACUAGGGGACCUUUACCCUUGUUGCCACUCUGGGAGAGAUUCUUUCAAGGCCACUCCCAUCUCUUCAACAUUUAUAUCCACGCUCCUCCUGGUUAUAUUCUCAACGUUUCAGAUUCUUCUCCCUUUUAUCGACGCAACAUCCCAAGUCAGGCUGUUUCUUGGGGAACAGUUACGCUGGCCGAUGCAGAGAGGCGGCUACUAGCCAAUGCACUGCUCGACUUUUCAAAUGAGCGCUUUGUUCUACUCUCAGAGAGUUGCAUCCCAGUCUACAACUUCCCUACUGUUUACAGAUAUCUCAUUGAUUCUGCACACAGCUUUGUUGAAUCAUAUGACGAUCCUUCCCGUUAUGGCCGAGGCCGCUACAGUCGCAAUAUGCUUCCUGAUAUUCAGCUUAAACACUGGCGCAAAGGCUCUCAAUGGUUCGAACUCAACCGUGCACUUGCUGUUUAUAUAGUCUCUGACACCCAAUACUUUUCUCUCUUCCGUAAAUACUGUAAGCCUGCUUGCUACCCAGAUGAACACUACCUUCCAACCUUCCUGAAUAUGUUCCAUGGUUCCCUUAAUUCAAACAGAACAGUCACAUGGGUCGACUGGUCAAUGCUCGGUCCUCAUCCAGCAACCUACGGGAGGGACAAUAUAACUGUCGGUUUUAUACAGGCUAUAAGGAACAAUGGAUCCCUUUGUCCAUAUAAUUCAGAUAUGACUUCCAUUUGUUACCUCUUUGCUCGCAAGUUUGAUCCCAGUGCAUUGGAGCCCUUGCUUGACCUCUCUUCCGAAGUCAUGAACUUUUAAUUUUUUCUAUUCAUGUAUGUACAAGAGGUCAGAUGUUUAACUCAUUCUUUUAGUCUUAGUCCCUAGAUUUUGGUAGAGGAUUUCACAACUUCAGUAAGUAAGAAAUCAUUUCGCAUUGGUAGAUCUGUCUGUACAGGUAUUGUUAGAGAAUUUGGGUUCUCUGCCACAGAAUAUCAUAUUGUUGCAGAAACUAACUGCAUUUUGUUCCUUCCAUUAAGGAAUCUAUCAAUACAGAAAUUUUAUCUUUUCACCAA